AUGGCCGCGUCGCUGGUUCGCCGUGGCGCUGUUGCAAGCCGCCGGCGAUGCCCGGUGGAGAUGCUGCGGCGGCUGGUCUCGUCCGAGGUGGCGCCCGAGCGGGCACCGUCGCGGCCGCCGCCGGAGAUGCCGCCGUUUGACCACCGGCCCCGCCCGUACGGCGCGAUGGGUGGCGCCGAGAUCUUCGAGAAGAGGAAGGCGGUGCUCGGCCCGUCUCUCUUCCACUACUACCAGAAGCCGCUCAACAUUGUGGAGGGGAAGAUGCAGUACCUGUAUGACGAGAGUGGGAAGAGAUACCUCGAUUGCUUUGGGGGCAUCGUGACAGUGUCGUGUGGCCAUUGCCAUCCGGAUAUUGUGAAUGCUGUGGUGGAGCAGACCAAGUUGCUCCAGCACACAACCACCAUUUACUUGCAUCAUGCCAUUGUAGAGUUUGCAGAGGCCCUCACCUCCAAAAUGCCUGGCAAUCUCAAGGUUGCGUAUUUCGUGAAUUCUGGGACUGAAGCCAAUGAAUUGGCAAUGUUGAUGGCCCGGCUGUAUAGUGGGAAUCUCAGUAUGGUUGCACUCAGAAAUGCAUAUCAUGGUGGAAGUGCUGGUACGAUUGGAUUGACUGGUUUGCAGACGUGGAAGUACCCAAUUCCUCAGGGUGAAAUACAUCAUGUCAUGAACCCUGAUCCUUAUAGGGGGACUUUUGGGUCUGAUGCUGCAGCUUAUGCCAAUGAAGUCGAAGAACACAUAACUUAUGGAAGUUCAGGAAGGGUUGCAGGCUUCAUUGCAGAAACAUUCCAGGGUGUCGGAGGUGCUGUUGAACUAGCUCCUGGAUACCUAAAGUUAGCUUAUGACAUUGUGCGCAAGGCUGGUGGUGUUUGUAUUGCUGAUGAAGUCCAGAGUGGUUUUGGUCGUACUGGCAGUCAUUAUUGGGGAUUCCAGACACAAGGUGUUAUUCCUGACAUAGUCACCAUGGCAAAGGGAAUUGGCAAUGGCCUACCACUGGGGGCAGUUGUAACAACUCCUGAGAUUGCAAGUGUGUUAGCUCAAAAAAUUCAAUUUAACACAUUUGGUGGAAAUCCAGUUUGUUCUGCUGGUGGAUUAGCUGUGCUUAAGGUUCUUGACAAGGAGAAACGCCAGGCACAUUGUGCUGAUGUUGGAGCUCACUUGGUGGAGCGUCUAAAAUCGCUUCAGGAGAAGCACGAAAUCAUAGGUGAUGUUAGAGGAAGGGGACUGAUGCUUGGGGUGGAACUCGUUACAGACAGAAAAGAGAAGACCCCUGCCAAGGCAGAAACCACUGAACUGUUUGAGAAGCUGAAAGAUCUCGGGGUACUAGUUGGAAAGGGCGGUCUGCAUGGUAACGUCUUCAGAAUAAAACCACCAAUGUGCUUUUCGAAGGACGAUGCAGACUUCUUGGUGGACUGCAUGGACUACGCAAUGUCAGGGCUCUGA